GAAAUCAAAAACCCCUCCCGCUCUUUUCUCUCGGAAAUUCUGAAAUCUAAACCCCUAAUCCCUCGUUCCAAAACCCUCGUCUCAAUCUUACAAAUUAAAGCGAUAAUUAAUACAGUUUGUACAAAAUGAGAGAGGAGCAAAUAGAGAAGCUGCGGGGGGUGGUCCGUGACUGCGUGAGCAAGCAUUUGUACUCGUCGGCGAUCUUCUUCGCCGACAAGGUGGCGGCGGUGACGUCUGACCCAGCCGACAUAUAUAUGCAGGCACAGGCGCUGUACCUUGGUCGACACUACCGCCGCGCUUUCCACCUCCUAAAUGCCUCCCAGAUCGUUCUCCGAGACCUCCGCUUUCGCUACCUUGCUGCCAAAUGCCUUGAAGAAUUGAAGGAGUGGGAUCAAUGCCUGUUAAUGCUUGGUGAUGCUAAAGUGGAUGAACAUGGUAACAUUACAGACACAAAAGAUUAUAGUAGCAUGUACCUGGACAAAGAUGGUGAAGAUCGAGAAAUUAAUAUUAUAUCAGCAAUAUGCUUUUUAAGAGGCAAGGCAUACGAGGCCUUGGAAAAUCGUUCACAGGCUCGGUUAUGGUACAAAGCUGCCAUCAAAGCUGAUCCUUUGUGUUAUGAGGCCCUGGAAUGUCUUAUAGAUGGUCACAUGCUCACUUGCGAAGAAGAGACCAAUCUACUAGCUGCUUUGCAAUUUGGCCCUGAAGAUGGAUGGCUCUCUUCAUUUUAUUCAUGCUUGAUUAAGAAAUAUGAUAAAGACAAUGUCGUUGAAACCAAGUUUAGAGAACUUGAGCAGGAAGUUUCUAAUACAAAGAUGUCGGAAAAAUCAUUAUGUACACUGAAGAAUAACACUGAUCUCUUAGCCUGCAAAGCUGAGUACUACCAUCAGUGUGGCGAAUACCAGAAAUGUUUUGAACUGACAUCAAUAUUGCUCGAGAAAGACCCUUUCCACUUAAAGUGUACCCUGGUGCAUUUAGCAGCAGCAAUGGAGCUUGGGCAUUCCAAUGAACUCUAUCUAAUGGCAUGCAAUUUAGUCAAGGACUACCCUCAAAAAGCUCUGUCAUGGUUUGCUGUUGGUUGCUAUUACUACUGCAUCAAAAAGUAUGAUCAAUCACGCCGUUAUUUCAGCAAGGCAACAAGUUUAGAUGGAACAUUUGCGCCAGGUUGGAUUGGCUAUGGGAAUGCAUAUGCGGCUCAAGAAGAAGGAGACCAAGCAAUGUCAGCUUACCGCACUGCGGCCCGUUUAUUUCCAGGGUGCCAUUUGCCAACUCUAUAUAUAGGAAUGGAAUACAUGCGAACCCACAGCUUCAAACUUGCUGAGCAGUUUUUUAUGCAGGCCCAGGCUGUAUGUCCUUCAGAUCCACUUGUAUAUAACGAGCUUGGAGUUGUGGCUUAUCAUAUGAAGGAGUAUAAGAAGGCUGUGUGGUGGUUUGAGAAGACGUUGGCUCAGGUACCAUCCUCUUUAAGUGAGAUGUGGGAGCCAACUGUCGUCAACCUUGCUCAUGCAUUGAGAAAAUUGAGGAGGUACAACGAGGCUAUUAUUUACUAUGAGAAAGCACUUGCAUUAUCAACAAGAAGUUUGAGUACUUAUGCAGGUCUUGCAUACACAUAUCAUCUGCAGGACAAUUUUACAUCAGCAAUUACUCACUAUCACAAGGCUUUAUGGCUCAAACCAGACGACCAGUUUUGCACAGAGAUGCUGACAUUAGCUUUGGCAGAUGAAUGCCGCCUUGGUAUAGAUCCAAAAGUUGAGACAGUUAAAAGCCAGCUAUUUGCUUAAUUGGAAAGCAGACCUCCAGGUUUAUUUAUGUUGUUUAUGUAAUCUGUAAACAUAGGGAAUAAGAAAGAUAGGUGAAGAUGUAGGUAGUGCUAUGUCAUAUUCAAUUGUUGUAUCAUGGGGGAAAGAAUGUGUUGUAUUUUAGUAAAUGCAAUAGGCCAAAGUUCAAGAAUCCAAUUUUGUGUAUUUAUGGCCAAAUCAUUUUUAUAUAUGCUAUUUCACAAAGUUGAUUUGUUUACUCCAUAUAUAUAAU